AAUGAUUGGGUGACUUUACUGAUAACGGUAAAUAUUAGACUUUGUUUUACACAUUGAACAUAAGUUCUGUGUUAAACAUAUUCAGAAUAGUUUAUUUAUGGGUUUACUAAUAUGUAUAUGAUAAAAAAAAAAAUGUUUACAAGAAAAUUACAUUUCCAUUACCCUAUUGAAAAAAGUGAUUCAUAUUAUUCGUAAAUAAUUUUUUCACGCGAGAUAGCGUUUGAAAAUAAACAUCUUUUUGAAAUUUAAACUUCAAGUGAUUAGAUGUGCUUAUUGAAAAAGAUAGAAUUUGUAAAAAAAAAAUUUGAGAUAUUGUUAUGUUUUUAGAAGCAACAUUAUCAUGUACUUAUCUUCUUUUAACUUGUGGUUCUUCCAUAUAUGUAUUGUACAAGUAUUCCUAUAAUGAAUAUUCGACGCUUACGACACCUUUUAUAUUUGCUUUUAUUGGAUUCACAACGUUAGGAAUUCGACCUUUAUAUAGUUUAACAUAUAAAUUAUUUUUCAAAUCUUACACUCUAAAUUUAACAUUGAUAGAGACGGAAGAAAUGGAAAAUAAAAAGAAAAUUAAUAUUUUCGAUGAAUUUCUUAAAAACAUUAGUAAAAGUUCUUUAAUGUGUUCCCUUUUUUUUCAUCAUGGAGAUUAUCUUCUUGGAUAUAAUGCAGCUAUUAGUUUUUUUUUGUGCAAUAUGUUACAUUUGAAGUAUUGGAUAUUGGAAAAUCAGUUACUGAAAUUCUAAUUUCAAUAGAAUGAAAAUUCAAACAUUUCAUUGUCAUAUAAAAGAAGUAUAUUUAAUGCAGUAUCUGAAUUAUUUGUAUUCCUUGAACUAUUGACUACUGGUUUUGUUAUGUAAGUUAAUAUAUAAUUUACAAAAAAGAUUUAAUAUUUAGUAUAUAAAGAACAUUCACAUUAUUUUAGGUUGUUAAACGAUAAUAAUUAUGGUUUAUUAGCAAAUCUCUUCUAUGCAGUAACAAGUAUUUUAUUUCCAAGUGAAGGGUUUUAUCAAGAAUGGACCAUAAAUGAUGCAAUUAAUAAUUAUUUAACAAUGGUUUAUGUUGUUUUAAUGACAGAAGCACUUAAAAAAAUAUAAUAAUAAGAUUCAAUAUAUAUUAAAAAUAUAUCUAAAUUGUUUAUUAUGAUUUAAUUUCAUAUAAGAAUUAAUUCAAUUCAGGAAUAUAUAGGAAAGUAUAGAUAUAAAUUAUUUUUUCAUAGAAAUAUCAAUUCUUUAAAUUUAUUUUCCAUGUGACAUAUUGUCAUGCUUAAAAAUGUAUAAACAUAUAUAAUUGUACGCGUGCAUGCACGUGUAAUAUAUAUAAUUUAAAUGCUAAUUUUAUCACAUGUAAAAUGAAUA